GUUUGAUCUUUUCGGGUUUUUAUUUUUCUUGUCCGAAUUAUUGCUUUUGAUCGUUUGCCCCCCUUCGAGGAAAGGGCUCAAUCCAUAUAAAUCAGGGUUCCAUCCGGCCUGUUUCAUCUGAUCUUUUCCUUCUUCCUUUUUUGUCUCUGUCAACGCAAUUUAUUCUUAUUUUUUCUAUCCUGCAAUAUGGCCGAAAAGCUGGAUACCACUAUAUCACACCUUGACAAGGCCGGCGAUGCCGAGGUGCGUGGCGUCAACAAUGGCGCGUUGGCGGUAGCCACCAUGCAACAGAAGCCGAGACUGUUGAGUAAGAGUAUGAUCAAGGUACGUUAUCUUGAACAGAAUUUAGUAAAGGUGGUAUACAUCGGAAAUUGACCCAACUUGAAUGAUGACAGCUGUACUGGUGCAUCCUCGUCGCCAUGCUCAACUCCUGCAUCAACGGAUACGACGGCUCGCUCAUGGGCUCGAUCAACAGUUAUGAACAGUACCGAACAUACUUCGGCUUCGAUCCGGACGAGGGUACCCCCUCUACCGGUAUCGUGUAUGCUAUCUACACCAUUGGCAAUAUCGUCGGCUCGUUCACGGCCGGUCCGUUUACUGAUUUCCGAGGUAUGAUUAUGAUUUCCUUGCAUUUACUGCCCUCCCUUCCUUCCCCGCUCAUACAGGGUACUGAUUGACGAAAGGCCGUCGUGUCGGAAUGGCCAUUGGCGCCACCUUCAUCAUCAUCGGUACCAUCGUCCAAGCCACCUGCCACAACCUGGGCGGCUUCAUGGCCGGCCGAUUCAUCCUCGGUUUCGGUGUCGCUACCUCCGCCACUGCCGGACCGGCCUAUGUCUCUGAGAUCGCGCACCCGGCCUACCGUGGUGCCAUGACGGGUCUAUACAACGUGCUGUGGUUCGGUGGUGGUAUCCCGGGGACGUUCAUCCCGUGGCGGACCAGCGACAUCGCGGGUGACAUGAGUUGGCGAAUCCCGAUUUGGUUGCAGAUGAUCUUCUCUGGGUUGGUGUUGUUGUUUUGCUUUACGAUCCCGGAGUCGCCUCGUUGGCUCAUCUCGCAGGAUAAGCACGAAGCCGCGCUAAAGGUGUUGGCUGAAUACCACGGUGACGGGGACCGCAACGCCCCGAUCGUGCAGCUGGAGUAUCGGGAGAUGAUUGAGGAUAUUUCCAAGACGGGUUCCGAUAAGCGAUGGUGGGAUUACCGCGAGUUGUUCAACAGCCGCGAGACGAGAUAUCGGUCGAUGUUGGUGAUUUUUAUGGCUUUCUUCGGCCAAUGGUCCGGCAACGGUCCCGUAUCCUACUAUUACCCCCAGAUGCUCCGCGGCGCCGGUAUCGAAAACAACAGCACACGACUCCUGCUCCAAGGUCUGCAGAACGUGGUGCAGUUCAUCGGCGCCGUGUCCGGUGCCCUGGUAACUGAUCGCGUCGGUCGUCGGCCGCAACUGCUCGUCUCGACUGCCAUCAUCGUCAUUCUGUUCGCUAUCGUGACUGCCCUGAACGCCACCAACGUGGUCGACGGCCCCGACGGCGAACCGACCGCUAAAUCAGGCAUCACGGCACGCGCCCAGAUUGCUAUGAUCUUCCUCUUCGGGUUCGUGUACUCGGCUGGUUGGACGCCUAACCAGGCCAUGUAUCCUGUGGAGUGUUUGCGAUAUGAAAGUCGAGCUAAGGGGAUGGGUAUGAAUAACUUCUUUGUCAACAUCGCCUCCUUCUACAACACCUUCGUCACUGGAAUCGCGUUCUCCGGCGCCGGCUGGAAAUACUAUUUCCUGUUCAUCUUCUGGGACACGUUUGAGUUCCUGAUCAUCUACUUCCUGUUCGUCGAGACCAGCAAGCGCACGCUGGAGGAGUUGACGGCUAUCUUCCAGGCGAAGAGUCCGAAGAAGGCCUCGUUGAAGAAAGACGAGGUCUUUGUGGCUGGGGGCGAGGCGGCGGAGAUCACGAAGGAAGUACCGUGAUCUGUCUGAUCUGCUUGGGGGUCAGAAAGAGAGGAGAGCGGUUGAGUUGAUUCAGGACUUAGAGACACUUCAAACCGGUUAGGAUUACUGGGGUUGGAUAGGGAGUGAGAGUUAGGGCUUGAGGGAUCACUGGACUUGAUGACCAAACGAGAGAGGAAGGGGUGGUUUCUUUCGGUUUACGUCUUAUCUUAUUCUUUUAUAAUACCACAUUGUUUCUUUUCGUUCCUUAGCUCUCAAACGCGACUGUUCGAAGUCUAGG